GAGGGGAAGACCCGGAGAAAUCGAGUUAGCCCAAGGAAUGGGCCCCCCACAAGCCCUGCUGCGCAUGCUCGCUCCAUGACCCCAGCUUGAGGUGACUGCCCGAACCCAGGCGGGGGCCCAAGGCACGGAGGCUGAGGGACGUGCCGCGGCUCGGUCUCCGGAGAGGGAGGGCCCCGCUGCCGUCGCCGCCCGGCCGGUGCCCGACCAGAAGCCAGGGAGCCCUCAAUGACAACAGAUUCUCUGGACACCUCCACAGCCCUGUCCCCACUCAGCUGAGGCAGAGCCAGCACCAGCUCAGACACAAGGACGGAGCCCUUGGACUGCUGGGUUCCUUCCAGGGAGGUGGAGGAGAAAUCCAUCUGCUGGGGCCUGAGCGUGGCCUGGGGGCCAGGCCAUCGUUCCCGGAAUGCCCCUGCCCGAGCCCAGUGAGCAGGAGGGCGAGAGCGUGAAGGCCAGCCAGGAACCCUCCCCUGAGUCCCCUGAGCCGGGCACAGAUGUCGUCCCCGCAGCCCCCAGGAAGCCCAGGAAGUUCUCCAAACUGGUGCUGCUGACGGCCUCCAAGGACAGUGCCAAAGUGGCGGGGGCCAAGCGCAAAGGAGUGCACUGUAUCAUGUCCCUGGGGGUGCCCGGCCCCGCCACCCUUGCCAAAGCCCUCCUCAAGAUCCAUCCCGAGGCUCAGCGGGCCAUCGAGGCCGCCCCCCAGGAGCCUGAGCAAAAACGCAGCAAGCUGGACACAGACGGAAAAGAAGACGGAAGGUUGGCAGGACAGCCUGCCCCCAGUCCCUUGGUGGAUGGGGAGGAGUCCACCAUGGGCCCCAUCGUGUCCAGGGAGGACCCGUAGCCCGGUUCCUGACAACCGAGGGUGCAAUCUGGCUGGGUCAGUGAACUUGGCUGCAACUUCUACACGUUCCACUGGGCUUCUGCCUGGGGCCCAGCCGCUGACUGAUUUUCACUUUCAACAUUGUAAUCUUUUUCUGAUCAAGCAUAAUUUACUUUUGUAAGCAGAAAAAAUAAAAUAAAAAGAGAAUAAAAGAAGCUGUACACUAGA